AUGUGUCUGUCGGUCUGGUAUGUAGGAAUCAAGAUCAAACUCCUGUACCACAGUGUUCCAAUUAUGAAAUACGGGUUCAGUGCUCCCAACAACAACAGAGACCCCGACUACAACACCUACCACCACCACCACCACUUCAACUACAGAAACCACAACAACAACAACAACGGGAAGCACAACGACUAUUUCUCCAACUCCAUGCUCUCCCAAGUGCACAUGCCCACCAACCCCCACAUCAACCACAACCAGCACUACAACAACAGAGACCCCAGUCACAACCACAACUGGAACCUCAACAGUCAGCACAACAACAACCACAACAACUACAGAAACUCCUACCACCACAACACCAACAACACCUACAGAAUCUCCUAUCACAACAACUACAACAACUACACAAACCACAACAUCAACUACUACCACUACAACAACGACAGAAACUCCAAUCACAACCACAGAAACUCCCACCACUACCACUACAACCACACCAACAGAAAGCCCAACAACUACAGAGACCACCACAUCAACCACAGGAAGUCCCACAACAUCUGGAAGUUCCACAACUCCCACAACACAAACCACAACAUUAACUACUACCACUACAACAACGACAGAAACUCCAAUCACAACCACAGAAACUCCCACCACUACCACUACAACCACACCAACAGAAAGCCCAACAACUACAGAGACCACCACAUCAACCACAGGAAGUCCCACAACAUCUGGAAGUUCCACAGCUCCCACAAAUCUCCUAUCACAACAACUACAACAACUGUAAGCCCAACAACAACAGGAACACCAACUACAACAUCAACUACUACCACUACAACAACGACAGAAACUCCAAUCACAACCACAGAAACUCCCACCACUACCACUACAACCACACCAACAGAAAGCCCAACAACUACAGAGACCACCACAUCAACCACAGGAAGUCCCACAACCACAACCAGCACUACAACAACAGAGACCCCAGUCACAACCACAACAGGAACCUCAACAGUCAGCACAACAACAACCACAACAACUACAGAAACUCCUACCACCACAACACCAACAACACCUACAGAAUCUCCUAUCACAACAACUACAACAACUGUAAGCACAACAACAACAGGAACACUAACUACAACAUCAACUACUACCACUACAACAACGACAGAAACUCCAAUCACAACCACAGAAACUCCCACCACUACCACUACAACCACACCAACAGAAAGCCCAACAACUACAGAGACCACCACAUCAACCACAGGAAUCAGCACAACAACAACCACAACAACUACAGAAACUCCUACCACCACAACACCAACAACACCUACAGAAUCUCCUAUCACAACAACUACAACAACUGUAAGCACAACAACAACAGGAACACCAACUACAACAUCAACUACUACCACUACAACAACGACAGAAACUCCAAUCACAACCACAGAAACUCCCACCACUACCACUACAACCACACCAACAGAAAGCCCAACAACUACAGAGACCACCACAUCAACCACAGGAAGUCCCACAACUACAACAACUGUAAGCCCAACAACAACAGAAACAUCAACCACAACAUCAACUACUACCACUACAACAACAGAAACUCCAGUCACAACCACAGAAACUCCCACCACUACCACUACAACCACACCAACAGAAAGCCCAACAACUACAGAGAUCACCACAUCAACCACAGGAAGUCCCACAACAACAACCACAACAACUACAGAAACUCCUACCACCACAACACCAACAACACCUACAGAAUCUCCUAUCACAACAACUACAACAACUGUAAGCACAACAACAACAGGAACACCAACUACAACAUCAACUACUACCACUACAACAACGACAGAAACUCCAAUCACAACCACAGAAACUCCCACCACUACCACUACAACCACACCAACAGAAAGCCCAACAACUACAGAGACCACCACAUCAACCACAGGAAGUCCCACAACAUCUGGAAGUUCCACAGCUCCCACAGUUAGCCCACCAACCCCCACAUCAACCACAACCAGCACUACAACAACAGAGACCCCAGUCACAACCACAACAGGAACCUCAACAGCAACACCAACAGUUGACCAGACCUGGUCGCCCCCAGACGAUAACUGCACAAAGUACAAGUGUGAUCACAUUGAUGAUAUCUUUAUCGUGACUCAGAUCAUUCCCUCCUGUCCAGAAUUUGACCCUGAAAGCUGCCAACAUGGGAUAGUGACAACGGAUAAAGAUGGGUGUUGUAAAGCAUGCAAAGUUUCAACUUGUGCUGCUGACAAGACAACAAGCUACCUACGGGUCAAUGACUGCAACUCCACAAGAGAAGUGGAGAUAGCCUCAUGUACAGGAUACUGUGACACCUACUCCAUGUACUCCAUGGAGGCUAAUAGAGUGAUGCAUAAAUGCUCCUGCUGUCGUGAGCUCAGGACCAGUAAGAAGCAGGUGGAGAUGACGUGCGCUAACGGGACAACGAUUAAUCACAGCUACGACUACAUAGAAGAGUGUGACUGUCAUGUCACAGAGUGCGAAGACUUCAAACAUGUUGGCUGA